UGGAGACACGAAUCGAAGAGUAAUAAACGGGUGCGGUGAUGAAAUAUAGCUCGAACGCGUCUCGGAUCCAGUCGCGUGGCGGCAAACGCAAAAAAGUUGUGUUGUUCUCACCUUUGAUCAUCACCAGCAGCACGGCGGCGACACGUCCAUGAUGGCGUCGACACUCGACGUCAGGAAGGUGAUGCUGUCGAUCCUCAAAUCGAUGUACCAGGACAGUCGAGAGCGCAGGAGCACCUCUGCGCAGAUCUACCGACGGGCAUAUCGCGCCCUCCAGGCUUGCCCUCUUCCUCUGCAGCACCCUGCAGAGACUGUGCAGCUCGACGGCUUCGGCGAGACUCUGGCGACCGAGCUUGAGAGAAGACUUGGAAUCUAUUGUAGAGAGAACGGGAAGACGAUGCCAAAGCGCUCCGAGAUUGCCUCUUCGUCCAGAGAUGGCGUUACAUCGACUGCUUCUUCUUCCUCAUCCACAUCAGAAGAGGACGAUGUCAGACCCAAGAAAAGGGCAGCAAAGGCGAUCAAAAGGCCAGCCACCGUGCCUGCGGCCAAGUCCAAAGCCAAGCAGUUUGUUCCUCAGCAUCGGAGUGGCAGCCACGGCAUCCUAGUCUCGCUGUAUUCUCUAACCGAAUGCGCGCCAGACAGCGUUCCUGUUUGCGAUGUGGUCAGCUAUUCUAAAGCGACUAUCAUUGAGCACGCACAACCGUAUAGCGAUGCCAAGUACAUUCCCAAGCCGAUGCCGCCAGGCGUGAACAGGGGACAUUCGUUCACGUUCAGCUCAGCAUGGAGCAGCAUGAAGACGCUCGUUAAUCGAGGCUACGUCUAUCGCAAGGGGAAUCCAGCCAAGUUCUCCCUAAGUCUAGAGGGCUGGGAGGUAGCGUCCACCUGUGCAGCAAAAGAUGGCGUACUGGCGGGCAGCAAGAUUGUCCAGGGAGCUGCGUCGCAAGUCACGUCCGACCAAGAUAGCGACAGCGCGGGCGAAGAGACAGAGCGAGAACCCGUCUCAAGACGAGAGGAAGUCGGAAGAAGGAGCAAAGCCAAAGCGUCGUCUAGUGAAGCUCAAAUCUUGCCCAAGAAGCGUGGUCAUCGCAAGGAGAGGGACGCUUCGGCGUCGAGUCGUGAUCAGGGACGAAGUACAGAAACGGGUUCUUUCCUCUACAUGUACUUGCGAGAUGGACAGGCACCAGGACAGACCAUGGAGAGGUCAGAAGCAAGUGUCCGACUCAGCGACGACGAUUACACGAUGACGUAUCGGAUCACCUUCGAGGAAAGUCUCUUGAACCAUCCCUUUGUCAAAGCUUGCGUCAACGAUGUCGUCGCUCUCGGUUGCGUCAGCCAUAGAAAGUUGCUUGCUGGAUACGUCCGUGCGUCCUCAAGCAAUGAAAGAGCUCCUGGCUUCGGCCAGAUGAUCCCAGCACCCCAAAGAGCGACAGCCGCGGCGUCUCGUUUAAGGUCACCCUCUCCGCUUUUAGGACCACGACCAACUGCCACUGUCGCCCAUGGUGCACACACGUCUUCUCAAUCACCGCCUAGGAAUACAGCCUCGAUUGCGAGUAGCUUGCCAGACCCAUCGACGAAAGCUUACGAGAAGAAGAGGAAAAAUGAAGGACUGCUCUCGGAGAAGAGCAAUUUCGAAAGCACUGAGGCCACAUGCCAAUCUGCCCGAUCACGAAAGCGAUCCGGCAAGGCCAUAGUCUCAGGCGUGGCUGAUGGAAAUAUCAUCGAGAUCGUGACCUCUUCUGACAUCGAGAACAAUCUGUCGCAGCCGACAGAAUUUCUAGGAAGGGCGAAGGGUACCAUUGUUGACCUCGACUCGUCUGACGACUCUUCCGACUCAUCACUGGGCGAUAUCUACGAAUAUCUUUCAAGCUCGCAACAGCAAGACGCAGCAAAACGCAUAAAGACUUAAUCGUCAACAUUUGAGCUACCAUUGACAGGAGAGGAAGAGCGUAAGCAAUAACAUCUUGCAUGUAGAGUACUGUACC